ACAGGUUGGAGCAGCGAGGAGCUGCCCCGUGAUGGUCGCGCUGUAGAGCGGCCCCCGCGCCAGCGCUGGGGUGGAAGCCGGGAGUCCCGGGCUCGGGAGGGGAGGACGCCUCGGAAACCGGACGCCCGGAGCGCGCUCGGCGAACUUCGCGGGCGGCCCAACAAGACCAUCACUAUGACCGAUGGGGACUAUGAUUAUCUGAUCAAACUCCUGGCCCUUGGAGAUUCGGGUGUGGGGAAGACGACGUUUCUUUAUAGAUACACAGACAAUAAAUUUAAUCCCAAGUUCAUCACGACAGUAGGAAUAGACUUUCGGGAAAAACGUGUGGUUUAUAAUACACAGGGGCCAAAUGGAUCAGCAGGGAAAGCGUUUAAGGUGCACCUUCAGCUUUGGGACACUGCAGGACAAGAGCGAUUCCGGAGCCUCACAACCGCAUUUUUCAGAGAUGCCAUGGGUUUCUUAUUAAUGUUCGACCUCACCAGUCAACAGAGCUUCUUAAAUGUCAGAAACUGGAUGAGCCAACUGCAAGCAAAUGCUUACUGUGAAAAUCCAGAUAUAGUAUUGAUUGGCAACAAGGCAGACCUGCCAGACCAAAGGGAAGUCAACGAACGGCAAGGCCGGGACCUGGCCGAUAAAUACGGCAUCCCGUAUUUUGAAACGAGUGCGGCGACUGGCCAGAACGUGGAGAAGGCCGUGGAGACUCUUCUGGACUUAAUCAUGAAGCGGAUGGAGCAGUGCGUAGAGAAGACGCAAGUCCCCGAUGCCGUCAAUGGUGGAAACCCCGGGAAGCUCAGUGGGGAGAAACCGGCAGAGAAGAAGUGUGGCUGCUAGACUCGCAGGGACUCACCACCAAGAACCCCACCCGAGUAUUUCUUCCCCAAACAGCGACAGACCACAGAAUUGUUGUUGAGUGGGCCGUGCGUAACGGCAUGUCUUGCUUUUUCUGCCAGAAAGUCUGUUUUAAGAAACCAAAAUAGUCAACAUUACUCAAAAGAAUUGACCAGUUGUUUCUGAGGCCCCUUCAAAUAAGAUCAAAGAUUUCCAAAUGUGCUCUCAACCAUCAUGGACUCCCAGUUUGUAUUUCUUACAAAGAAGAUAAGUGUGUAAGGGACUACACAGGAUGAAAUAACAGUGAGUUUCAAACAAGAACAAAAAUUACCCUGUCACAUUGGAGAAAGGGAUAGGCUACCUACCAAAGGCAGAACAUAGAAAGAUGAUUUUUAAAAAAGAUUGGGUUUACUUCUUAUAUAGAAUCUGAUUACUACUUUUAGGUUUGCAUUGGGGAAACAUAGUUAAAAAUGGGUACACAAUAAAGGAUUCUAAAUGGAUCAUUAACAAUGACAUUACUUUGUACACCCAAUAAGCAAUGCUAGAAUGACUAAAUUAUCACUGAGGUUAUGAGAGGAGGAAUGUCAGACUUCUGCUAAAAUGUAGGAAAUUAUAUAAUAAUGCCAUUUUUAUAUUCUUAAUAAGUGGCAGAUAGACAAGAACAAGAUUGUGAAUGACAACAUACAAGAGAAAUGCCCUGGGAGGAAAAUGAAAGUAUGGGAACAUGGCAUUUGGACAAAUGAAAUUAAAUGUAUCUGUUACAGAUGUCUGGAAGAGUCAGCCAACUUUCACGCAAGCCAAUUAGAGGUUGACAUUAUCAGUUGGGAUUAAGAGAAGAUCCAGAGGUUCCCAUUUCAAACAAAAUUUUAGAAAUCGGUUCAGUGUUUGGCUUCACAUUUCAUUUUUCUUAGCAAAUAGUGAUAAACAGUCCCAAGAACAAAUUAAAGGUUGCUGUUUAUUAAGUAUCUCUUUUUAAAAAUACAGUCAAGAAAAACUAUUUCACCUUAAUUUCUCUUAGAUAAAUAUGCUGGUUAUGUGAAACCAAAAGUGACUAUUAAUCAUGGGUUUAUUUUCAAUUUAUAAAAGCACUAGAAACUCUAAAUCACCUUUCUCCCCUCUAACCCACACCUACCCCUGGUUUUGAAUCCAUUGUAAAGAUACAGGCAUGACACUUUGUAGACCAACAACUUCAGAAUAAUUAUGGAUCAAUUUUGUGGUCACUCUGAAUUUUCAUAUCAUUAAUUACAUAAAAAUUGAUGAUAAUUCAUGCCAUAUUACACUAUAUUUAUACUUGUUUUUAUUGUCUACCGCAGAAUGCUCAUAGUUUACCUAUAUUUGGGGAUUGGGCAGGAAUGGAAGUGUAUCAUAUCUCCCCAAAAAUUGGUUAAUCACUUAGUUUUUUUCAUGAAAAGUUGCCUUUUCUUUCUAAAGAUGAUCUCAAAAGUUCUUUUUCCAUUGGCCUAUUCUUAUCAUUGUGUCUAAACUAACAUAAUCAAUUCCUAUUAAACCAUUAUUUAACUAUUUCAGUGAAUUUUAUCAAUAACAAAGGUAUUGCUUUUUAAGUUUUCUCUUUUUAUUAUGAGUAUAUGAAUUUUCUACAGAAUGAUUCCUCUUACUAUACAAUUUUGCUAGUUAAACUUCAUUUUUCCAACUCAGUGCACCUUUAUUUUGUUAAGUUACAGACACUGGAAACCCUAAACCCAGCUCCCCCACCCCUUAACCUCUGCCUACCAACCUCCAUCUGGUAGGGAAUCAGUUUUAGUAACACAGAUGCAAGGGAAUGUCUAUAAUGCUCCUAGUGAGGACUAGACCCAGAAAUGUGCCAGGGAUCAGAGUAAUCUGGAAGCUGUGAUGGGUUAGCCCCUUGUGAAGUUUGUGGCGUUUGCUGCCCAGUUCCUCUGACUUCUGCAGUGCAAUGCCAGCUCCUGGGGUGACCACGCUUGGGUAUUCCCUCCAGUGCUGUUCUUCCCCAUGAUGUUCCUCAUGACCUCAGUGCCUGUGCCAUGAGGAUGGAAAGCUAUUAGCUAACAUGAGAGAUGCUUCUUUUGGAAGAAAAAUGAACGGAAACAAUGCAACUAUUGCUAUAGCAAAAUUUGGGGAACUUUUGAGGUCAAUAUCAAUUUCUUAUUUGAAUCUAGAUUGUGAUAUACCCUGAAUUUCCACAAUAGGGAAUGUGUAGCCUCUAUAAAGUCCUAAAGGUAUUCUGUUUUGGAUAUGUCUUUUCAUUUUCCAGUUUUAUGAUUGAUAUACUUAUGCCAAAAUUCUGUCAUUGUCAGUUAUUUAAGAAGCAUUUAUUCGGGCUCUAUUUUAAGACUGUCACUUGAUAGUUGCAGCUUGAAGCAGAGGGUGGUGAUGCCCAUAAUUAUAGAACCACAUCUGCAAAAAUAAUAAUUGUUGGGUAAUAAUCUCAAGGAGGACAAAACUUAAAACAGACAAGAAAAUUAAUUUAUAAUAGUGUUCUAUUUAUAAAAACUUGAUCAAAAAAUAUUUUCUCUGUCAAGUUUGACAUCUGACCCCAAAUUUUGUGUUAAUACUAAUAGAAAUUCUUUCUCUUAUUAUUUCCUAAUUAUUCUGUGUUAUUUAUUUUACAACCUCAAAUUCAUUUGGGGCCCUGAAUUAUACAGACUGCUUUAAAGAAUUGCAUAGCCCCUUUAACCCAUAGCAACAUGUAUUUUUAGCCAAGGUGAGUUAUCUCCCAAAUUCUCUAGUAAACCAAAUUGUAUUUUGGAAAAAUAUUUAAAGUAUACAUAAAAUCCCUUUCUGGUAUAGAAACCAUUUCUGGAGUGUUUACUCUGCUUCGAUGUUUACAUUGCUCUAACACAGUGCCUCGGAUACCUCUGUGACCAAAUUUAUCUCUAACCACAUAGCUCAUUUCCUACAAUGUCAUAUUCCAGGAAGGUCUCAGAGACACUAACACAGCUAAAGGUCUUUGAUGUCUUCAGCAAAGGGUUCAAAGGUGUUAUGGGAAUCUGGAGCUCAUUACUGCCAUCUCCUGGUAUUCUAGCUCACUUCUCCUGGAGUGAGCAUUACUUGAGACUUAACUGAUUAGGUACAAGGCUACCUUUCCAUGUAAACCAAGAAAACUCCUUUGAAAAAGGUAUCAAAAAUAGUUGAGAGAACACAAUGUUUGUCUUGGUAUGAUGAGGGUGACAGGUCACAAAUCAGCAAAGAAAAUAUUAAAUGCUGGGAGUCCAACUUGUAGGCCUCUACCUAAGAGUUUUAAAAUUCUUUCAAGUCCCACUCUAGCCAGUUUGCUACCAUUUCCAUUUAUCAGCUAUCACACUGCAAAAAAUUCAAAGCCAGCAUUUUCUAAAGUAAAAAGUGUAUUUUAUGUGUUGUUUUUAACCAGAUGGACCAUUCUUUGUAUCAGGGGAUGUCUUUCUUAUGCUUUUAGUGUAAGCUAUCUGCUGCCAAUCAGUACAAGUCGGACAAGCUGGGCGAGAGUUUUAAUCAGCCUUUUUAAGAAAGAGAAGCUUGACCAUAGAGAAGGACAUGACUGUAUUAAAAAUAAUUUACUACAUGGCCAGAUAUUCUUUAAACUGUAAACUGAGUCCAUUGGAAAUCAACAAAUUUGAUGAAGCUCAUAUAUAUCUUCACCAAUAGAGUGAGCGCAGCAGUUAGAAAGAGAAAUGCUUUGUGUAAUAGAUAAAGUGUACCACCAGGUACAGAAUAUAACCUGGAGACUUGUGUCUGUGAAACAAGAUUGUUUACUGCUCUGUAUCUCUGUUCACCUCAGUAAAAAAGGGGGGACACAUAUGAUUUCCUCAUUGUGUAUCACACUAACACAUUUGAGGGAAAAAUCCUCACCCAUAAACUUUGGAGUUUAAAACUCAACCUUUAAAGAAAUAAUAUUGAAGUUUCUGUUUUCUAAGAUACUGAUUAACUCUUUAAAAGGAGACUUUCUGAGAGCUGAGGGUAACCAAAGUGAUUUUAAGUUGAUUUUCACCCUCUACUACCCAGCUUUAAAGCAUUAAGAGAAGUCAAGAAUAUUUAAGUAUUUUAGGGAAAGCUUUAUUAUUUUUUAAAGAUGCCAAGAUGCUGUCUAUAUUUGAAAAGGUUGUCUAAAAAUUCACCAAAAGCUAUAUUUUUUUCUUGAAUUUUGACCAAGAUGAUAUAAACUUAUUUCUGGGGAGAGUGCUGAGCCCUUACCAUGGAAAGUAGAUGCAGAAUAUUAUCUGAGAUGAGUGUUGUCUCAAUGCUUUAUAAACUCAUAAAAAUACCUGUCUCAUAAAGUAGAACUGAUAAAAGUUAUUGCUAGAUGUAUAGGGAAUUUUAUAAACGUAUUGCCUUAGAAUUCUUGGGUGGAGACCCAACCACAGUGACAUUGUUGAGCAGGAUAUAUAAAGAGAGGUAAGAGUGAAAAGGUGUCUAAGUGGAGUUCUUAAAUAUGGCAGGGCAUGGAGAAAGCUCAUCCUUAAAAGGCUGAUUUUUAGGUAGGAAAAGAAGAGUAACAGAAAGGGUUUUUGUAACUAGAUUUGUGACAAAUAUUUACCCAUCAUUUUCAUCUGUCAAGUAGAGGAUUAUAUCCUUAGAACUAAGCUAAUAAAAAUAUUUAAGCUAAAAAAUAUUUUAUUAUUAGCAUCAACAUUUUGGAAACUUAGGAACAUUUUAUUUAUUUGAAUUUCAUUUUCUCAUAAAUCUGAGUCCCAUCACAAAGAUGCUUUUCUGUGCAGCUCUUAUCAGCGGCCUAUGUUGGAGAGAUUUCCUAAUGUCAUAGAGAGAGAAUAAAAAAGUGCCAAAAAAGUGGGAUUAUUUUAAAGGGUGUCAUCUUUUGAAGAUGAAAAAAUACAAAUGAAUCAUCUUUGAAUUGAGUCAUUUAAAUGUUUUCCGGUCCUUUUUCUUUCCCACAGAUUGUGGAAGUCAUGCCUAAUAUCCCUCAGCUGACUUAGUCUUUAAGGAUCUUUAGCAAAUUGUGUAGAAGCUGGUACAUCUGUCCUUAAUCUAAUAGGUCCCUUAUUUAACCAGUGGCUGUUGUUCUUUUGUCUGAAGGCAUGUCAAAAUAGUGACCCUAACAAUGUGUAAUAACAUAUGCUUACCCUUAAUCGUCUACUCUCCAGGUUAUAUUUUCAAAUGCUGUUUGAGAGGAAGACUUGUCCAGAAGGAACAAGUUGGGGACCGCAUGCAUGUUAUUAAAUAUCUUAGUGGUUUCUCCUCAUGUGGGACUUACAAACCCUGCGUGCCUCACAGGGCUCAUGUCAGGCUCAAUGGCGAACAUAUAUAAGAAAUUGGUUUGUAAGUUAUGGUCCAUUUCAUAAGCAAGACACUAUUAUCACAAACUAAGAACUAAUAAAUAGUCACAGUCAUAAUUUAAACCAGUUAUUGUGAAAAGAAGUGUCAUAGCAGAGACACAACUGAUUUUAGUAGAUAUUUUGGAAGCUACCAAUGGCUUGUCAACUUGAGGUCAUUGUAUUUUAUUGAAAAUGAUUAAUAUAUUUCAAAUUACUGAAAAAAUAUGAGUUCUAUUUCAUUUUGUAUGUCAUCUUGUAUUUCUUUCAAGAAGUCCAAUUAUAUUCUAGAUAGUAUAUUAUGACUUGGUCAAAAUCCUUCUCGUACAAAUAGGGCUUUUGUGUCCAUAGCCUUGUAAAAGAUACUGACUGUAUCUGAAAUUAUUUAAGAAGAAUAAGUUACCCUGCUUUAUGUGUCAAAAAUGGACAGUGCUCUGACAUAACACUGAUGUGCUUCACUGUAUCCCAAUGGUCUACCUUUAGGUGAUACUGUCCUCAUUUUUAGGCUAAGCACGUUUGAUUGUUUCGUCUGUCAUCUACACAGAUCUCUGUUUUGUCUAGUGCUACAAAUGUAACUUAAAACUUUAAACAUAGAGUUUUUCUCCUAUAUGCCUCUGAGUAGACUGUGGUGCCUGACAGACACUGUUAGGCCAUUACUUUGUUGUACCAAAGUUCUAGUGACUUAAGAAAUCAUUGCAUCCAAUGAUUUUGUGGUGUCUGGGUUUGAAUACUACAGUUGAGACUGUAUUCAGUGAUUAUUACUGCACACUUUCCAAAUAAAAAAAUGCAUUUUUAUCAAUUA